UCUGGUGUACAUCGACCGCCACAAAGUGGUGAACCUCCACCACCAUUAACAUGGACUGGACGUUUACGAGCCCUGUACAAACGUUAUCAUAUCAGAUAUUUGUUCCCAUUGAUGUUUAUUAUGUUGUAUAUGGCAGUCGGAUCUGUGAUAUUCUAUUUACUCGAAUCAUCAACUGAUCAAGGUCUUAAGGACGAACAAUAUCGGAUAUAUAUCCGAGAACGCGAGCUUCUCCGACGUCGCAUGGACGAAAUCUUUCACGACCGUGCGGCGCGACGACGAGAAAUUCGACUUCGUUUCGUUGAUGAUGCAGUAGACUAUUUCCAAAAUCAGUUAGGAUUUUCGGUUAGCAAUGAGUCGCAAUGGAGUUUGAUGUCUGCUAUGUAUUAUUCGGGAACACUGUUUACGACUAUCGGUUAG